CACACACAGGAGAAGAGACUAUCAAACUAUAACAGGUAACACUGAGACUGAGGCCAACACACGUGAACCUGACAGGCCAAAGUAAACACAAAGACAAAACAUGGAAGAAACAGAAACACAGACUUGGCAUCGGGAACGUAGGAGGGCUGGCAAAAGAAUAACAAAGAAUAUGUUAAACACAAAAUCAGAAUAAAAACCCAAGCAAAGCGAAGGUAAAGUUUAAACUGAAAGCUAACAAAGUCAAAUGGGAAUAUGAAACAGAAAAUAGAGUCCUAAAUAUAUAACACUUAAGUUAUGCUGGAAUGUUGAGAAACAGGUUAGAAUAGGGAGUGAAAGAAAACUAUGACAAUCUGCCACCUCUGCCUAAUGUAAAUACAACUUUACUGUGAGCGCACAGGAUGGCAGCCUGGAUCCUCUUGGUGUGUGCGCUCAUCACUCUGCAAGGCUCGAAGGCUCAGGAUUGUGGGGUGGCACCUCUCAAUACAAGAAUAGUGGGUGGUCAGAAUGCCCCAGCUGGGUCAUGGCCCUGGCAGGUGAGCGUACACUAUCAAUCAUCUCAUAUCUGUGGAGGCACCCUCAUCAGUGACCAGUGGGUGCUCACAGCAGCUCACUGCAUUAUAAAAAACUCACUUAGUGCAUGGACGCUCUACUUCGGGAGAGAGACUCAGGCUGGGCCUAACACUCAUGAGGUGAAACGGAGUGUGUCGCAGGUCAUUGUCCACCCUAACUACAACAAUUCUUACUUGAACAACGACAUUGCCCUGAUGAAGCUCAGCAGCCCUGUCAGCUUCACUGACUACAUCAGACCUAUCUGCCUGGCAAGUAGCUCCAGUCAGUUCUACAACUCCACAUCCUGCUGGGCCACUGGCUGGGGCAAACUUGGAAAGAAUGAGACUUUGCCAGCUAAUGCACCCCUCCAAGAAGUUCAGAUUCCUGUUAUUGGAAACAAACAGUGCAGCUGUGAUUAUAUCCCAGAAAAAGAUGCGAAAAUCACUCAGCAAAUGAUUUGUGCGGGGCAACAGAACAAAGGAGCAUGCCAGGGGGACUCUGGUGGACCUUUGCAGUGCAAACAGGGUUCCAAGUGGAUCCAGGCUGGUAUUACUAGUUUUGGAGUACCUUGCGCCCUGGCAGGUUUCCCUGAGGUCUACGCUCGAGUGUCUGAAUUCCAGACUUGGAUCACAAAUCAAGUAGCGGGGGCGAAUGUGGGCUUUGUGACCUUUACUUCUAGUGGCACUGACACAGACAGCAGCUUUGUGUGUCGCAGCAACAACUCUGGAAACUCAGCCAAGUUUGCACCUGAGCUUGGAUUUUUUAUCUUCUCAGUGAAAAUGUUGCUAGACCGCAUUUUAGUUUAACACUAAAAAUAUCUACUCUUUUACAUAUAUUACAUAAUCUUAAAUCUUAAUCUUAAAUACUUACAUAAAUUGUUAAUUGUUUUUUAAAGUAUUUUGAUUUUAAAAAACAGAGUUGAGUUUGACAUAACUGCACUGCAGUUCGGGUGCAUCAGCUUGUAAUUUUCUUUCACUAUGAUACUGUUACUGAACAUUAUGUACAAGACUGGAAGAGAUAUGCAGAAUAUAUAUGAAUAUAUAUAUAUGCUCAGUUGUAUAUGUUCAGACGUAACGUACAACAUCUACUAGAUUUUUGGUUUUGGCUUUUUGUUCUUCCUUUUAUAGAUUUUUAAUUCAGGGGUUUCUCAUGUCAUUUUAAACCUUCCCAGAACUCUGAAAUAUGAGUUUUAUAUUUGUGAUCUGAGUCUUUGAGGAGACAGGGAAAUUGUGGGUGGGAACAUUUGGGGAAGCAAUUUUUAAGAGAGAUUCUGCAUUGAUACACUUAUGGAUGUGGUCACGAUGACUUCUGUCUCGGGCUUGUGAGCUGUCGCCAGUUAUACUCUUUGAAACCAUCCUUCAUGGUCAAAGGAUUGAUCUGAAACUGCAACUCAUGCGCCCAAUGACAUUUUCUUUGUCCAAGAGAAUGGCUGACACCUUUGAAUUUGACAUGUAGCUCUUCCUGUUACGCCAUGCUCAAAUCUAAUCAGAGAAAAUGGAAAUUUUAGAUCAAGAAACCAAUAUUUUAAACUCAGGCUUCUUACAUAAACCUGGAUGUAUCAAGGAUUGUUCAAGUGGAUCUGUUGUGCUUAUCUCCUGUUAAGUUUGGUGAAUGUCUUGUUACAUUAAUAGAUACUCAUCAGAUACUCAUUGUCAGGGUGAUAUUUUAGGAUUGUCAUUUGUACUUAGAAACAAAUAAUCAUUUAUGCUUAGAGAUAUAUAAUCGUUUGCAUGUUGAUAAACUGUCUCAUCCUUAUUCAGGUCACAAGGUCAAGUUCAUGGGAAAGGCAUCUAAUCUUGUGAUAUAUAGUAUGGGAGGACACCUACUCUGUAUCUGCUUAAGUACAAGCGCCCUUUGUUUAGGUGGGCCGCUGGACUCCUGGCGCCAGCUUUCUGAGGAGGCGUUCACAGGGUCAUAUUUUGACACACAGCCACAUUUACACACACAUACCAGCACACACAGACAGAUACUCUUUAUUCAUACAUCUGCCUAUUUAAGAUGUCACAUGUUGAUGAAACUAUGCAUAUUCAUGAAACCACAAUAAAGAGCAGUGCUACGGAGGGGCUGACCGAGAGUGACUGGGGUUCAAGCAGUAGGAACAGCGUUUGGUCUCGGUCAUCUCCCUCGUGCACGAGAUCACACAAAGA